AGAAGGCACCCCACCCGGCAUCGCACACCUGACUCGCCUACCCAACCAGCAUCAUCAUCGCUACCGAGUCCCCCGCGGACUCACUCACUCCUCGUCCCCCAAUUCACUCACUCAUCGCACUCUUGUACUGCACGACCCCCCCCCCCCCCCCCCCCCUCGACAUCCUCGCAUCUACUACUGGUGCUGCUACUGCUGUGAGCAUCCCCCCCUUGCACCUCCCCCCAACGCCCCCUCCGGUGGGAAUCCGCCAUCGACGGCUAUUCCCGGUAAAGGCACUGGCCGCUUCUCCGUCGUCGCUUGCCCCCCCAUCGACCCGACCGACCGACCGCCCGACAUCUCCAUCACAUCACACUCAUCGGCUGCUCGACUCCCCCCCUUGCCCCCUCCCUCUUUCCUACAUCAACCAGCCCAGCAGCAAACACACACUCUCUUAUCACCACACCCUCGGUACCGUUGCUUGGCAGCAGACGAACACCGCCCUCAACCCGCGGUACACGCGCCGCGCCUGUCUCAUCCGCCCGGUCCUCGUUUGCCCACUCAUCUCAGCAUCCGCUCAAGACCGCCCUUCUUCCGCAUCGCAGUCAUGGCCCCCAUCGUCACCUCCUCCCCACUCGCCGUGGUGGUCCUGCUGCCCGAGGCGCUCCCAUCAGCUCUGCCGCCCCAGGGUUCCCCGUCGUCCCCUCCUCAGCUCACAUCACGCCGAUCUGCCCAUGGCAUUUCGCCGGGCGGCAUCAGCCCACUGCUCUCGGCCACGGUCGACAGUGAACAUGCCGCCGGCAGUCGACGGCUCAGUCUCGCACCGGGCCUCGGCGCUGGCAUCAAGAUGUCAAGCUCGCGGCCGCCGGGGGGAAGCCCAUCGCCAGUGCGGAACAGCCCCUCCGCAGCCCGCAGCCCGUCGUCUCUGUCGCCUCUGACAAAACCCUCGGCCGACGACUCGGGAGACUUUGCAAGCUCCCUGGGUCGCACGGGCUCUGGAUCGCGCACAAACCGUCGCUCGUCAAACCCUCACGCUGUUCCCGCUGGUGUCUCGGCCGCUCUCAAGCAGCCAAGAGGCAGCGUGGCUGCCCCCAGUGGCAUGGGCCUCACGGCUGUACUCGCUUCUGGACGCCGCCCGGGCGCCGAGGGCGACGAGCUGGUCAACGUUCUCCGCAAUGGUGGUCUCGAAGUGACGUCCAUCAGACAAGUGUCUCAUCUCCCUUCAAUCCUCAACGCUACCGCUGCAGGUGGCAGUUCUCCCAACCUGUCCACUCCUCGUCCAAGCAGCACUUCUGCCCCGGCCCAGCAGGUCGUCCUCGUACCCUUGGGCUCGACUCCAUCACUACCCUCACUGUCCCUUCUCUUGGCACAGGGCACGACCCCAACUGCCGUCGUCUUCCAGCAAGACCUCCUGGACCGUGCGAGGAAGAUGGAGGAAGAGUGGUUGUCCACAGCACUCCAAGGCAUCCACAAAGUGUCCGACUUGGUUGAGCAAUCUCGGAGCCAGCAGCCUCAAGACUCGUCAACGCCGCCAGUCAUUAUUGCUUACGUCGCCGACGGUGCACUCUCGCCAUCAGCACUGUCAGCGAUCGUGGCAGCUGGUGCUGCCGGUGUCCUGCGCCCCCCACCAUUCGACCGCGACAGCGUCAAUCUCCUCAUUCAGUUGGUCAAGGCGGCCAACGACGGAACAUCGCCUGAUAACCUUGUCGGCUUGUCGGUCUCGCCAGCAGGAAGCAACGCCAUCUCACCGACACUGUCGGCGACCUAUGAGGACGAGACCAAGGUCGUCCUUACGCCAACUGCACUCGCCAUGGGAGCCGAGCAUGAGGGCGAAAAGUUCCUUGCCGCUAAGCUUGCCACUAGGAGCGGCAAGCUUGGACGUGUCGUUUCCAACGAGUCUGCCGAUCUCGGCGAGGGCCAGGCCCCUGUGCCUGUCCUCUCCGAUCUUCCUAGCGCAAAGGAGCGCAUCCUUGACUCGCUGACCGUCAACAACGACGCGGCGCGGCGACGCAGUGUUGAUACCGGCCGCAUCGCCCUUGCCUUUAACCGGCAGGCCGCGCGCGCCGUCCACUUUGAGUCUGCCGAGAGCCCAUUGGCGCGCCGUGGUAGCUUCAAUGUCGUUGCCGGUGACAAGGAACAGGAGGCGGCAGGUGGAAACACUGCCCAGUUCGCAGAGGUCCUCAGUGAGCUGUACCAGCAAACCAUGAACUCGAUCGACAUCCACAUGGCCGAGUAUGAUGAACUGGCGGCCCCCCUGUCCAGAGACGAGCGUGUCAGACUCGUUAACGCCAUCUCAUCCUGGGAGUUUCUGCCCCACAAGCUCUCGCAAGCGGACCUGUAUAGAGUCGCAUGCUUGAUCUUCGAGGCCAUCCUGAGCAUAGACGGCUUGGCGGAGCUGAACGUGGACAAGGAUCAAGUCGACCGCCUGUUGUUUGCGAUUCGCGCGAUCUACCAUGAGCCGAACCCGUACCACAACUAUGUCCACGCCAUUGACGUCCUUCAAGCAUCAUACUCGUUCCUCGUGUCGAUCGGCGUUGCACCGCCAGCCGAGUUCCUCAUUGACCUCAAGCCAGGUACCGUCUGGCACCGGUCUACCGAGCCAGCCUCCGGUUCCUCUGCACGGGCCCGCGAGAUCCUCCGUCCUCAGGAUGUACUAGCCGUCGCUCUUGCUGCCAUUGGCCACGACGUCGGACACCCGGGCUUGAGUAACGCUUUCAUGAAAAACGCGAAGGUGCCACUCUCUGUCGUGUACGACGACAAGUCGGUGCUCGAGAACAUGCACUGCAUGCUGCUGGUCCACCUGCUCCGCAAGCAUGGCUUCAGCUUCCUCCUCGGCCCCGUACGCUCGGAGGAGGCCAUGUCCCACCCAGAACGUGCCGCGAUCGAUUACCGCAGCUUCCGCCGCGUGCUGUACAGUGCCAUCUUGGCAACCGACAUGAGUCUCCACUUUGCCUGGAUCCAGAGACUCAAAGAGUUUGCCGAUUCGUCGCCAGAGACAGAAACCAAAGUCGAGCGUGCAUCGCACAUUGAGGAGGAUCGCGUCAUGCUCUGCCAGGCGCUCAUCAAAUGUGCCGACAUAAGCAAUCCUGCCCGACCCAUCGACAUCUCGGAGCACUGGUCCACCGUCCUUUUGGACGAGUGGUGCAAGCAGGCGUCGCUUGAGGAGGAGCUCUCACUCCCCGUGUCAGUCGUUGCCGGCGUCGACGCAAGGCUGCAGGCCAAGGGUCAGGUCGGCUUCAUCGACCUGUUCACCAAGCCGCUCUUCGUGACCACGGCCGAGGCGCUGCCCGAGAUGCAGCCGUUCGCCGACUCGUGUAUCAAGAACCGCGGGAUCUGGCAGGAGCGAUUCGAGCGGCUCGAAUCCGAGCCCGAGCUCAACGACGCCAAGUCUGCCGUGCUCGCGGCAAAGGUGCAGCCCCCGACCCCAUCGUCCCAGGACUCGCGCUAUCGCCAGCUCUUCCCCCUCAUCCUGCCUGCCUCGCUCGUCGCAUCAGCAAUCAGCAACAACGACGACGCCUCAUCGACCUCGUCAUCUCAGCCCCUGACACCAACAGGCGACCCCCGCACCACCACAUCCCCGGCAGCGCGCGCCGUGCGUGUCGUGUACCAGCACGAAGUGGCAGAUCGCCAGCGGUCAGCCCUCGCGCGCCACGUCCUUGCCCUCACCACGACGGCCGGGCUCAAUAGCCCACCGCUCAACCCUCGCCGAAUGUCCACGCCCGAGGCCCUUCUCGUCAAGGGCAGGACUUGAUCACCUGUCAUGCUCCAUCCAACCUCACUGUCAUUCUCUCCUUUUGUCUAUUUGCUUGCUUGUCGUAUCGUAGAAUCAGCGCCUACUGCGGCAAUGUACCACCUUGUCAAUGA